CUUAAAUUAAUGUAUAGACAAAGGCCAGAAAAAAAAAAACUCAGGUUCUGUGUACGAGUGUUCCUAAAAGUCAAUACCAACCAAAUAUCUGCUCAUGCCUUGCAAACCUUGCAUCGACAUUUCUUUUGCUGUUUGUGAUCUGAAAUUCCAAGAUGGGUAAACCCCGUGGAUUGAAAACUGCUAGGAAGCACGUCAAUCACCGUCGUGAACAACGGUGGGCUGAUAAGGACUACAAAAAAGCACAUUUAGGAACCAGAUGGAAGGCCAAUCCUUUCGGUGGAGCCUCUCAUGCCAAAGGAAUAGUCUUGGAAAAAGUUGGUGUUGAAGCUAAGCAACCUAAUUCUGCCAUCCGAAAAUGUGUUAGGGUACAAUUAAUCAAAAAUGGAAAAAAAAUCACAGCUUUCGUACCUAGGGAUGGUUGUUUAAAUCACAUCGAAGAAAAUGACGAAGUAUUAGUUGCUGGAUUUGGUAGGAAAGGUCAUGCUGUAGGAGAUAUUCCUGGAGUAAGAUUUAAGGUAGUAAAAGUUGCCAAUGUUUCGUUGUUGGCUUUAUAUAGAGAGAAGAAGGAACGACCAAGGUCUUAAAUUAAGUAUUGUAUUUUAAUAAAAUGCAUGUAUAAAAUUCUUAUUUUGUU